AUGUCUGGUUUUCCUCUCGCAAAUGGCGCGGACGCCGAUCCUCGUGGCAGCAUAGCCGCAGACAUUGGCACCACUCGAGAAGCUCGUGGCUCGAUCUCACAAAACGUGUCGCCUCCUGAGCUUCAUGGGAAGACUUCCAUUUAUACUGACACAAGCAUAUACUUCGAAGCAUAUCGAUAUUGGGCAAAACGAUCUCGCGAAUUCGAAAAAGGCAUCCAAGUCGGAAAUUUGGGUCUUGCGGGUUCCCUAAAGUUGUUGAUUGGCCGUAGGGACCGCAAUGAGGAGUCGAUUAUUCAUCACAACGGUGUGCCUGAUGAAGCCUCUUCCAACGACGUUUCGCAAGAGGUCACUGGAGAGAAGGGCGAGAAGCACGGACACACUCCUGCGAAGCUGGAGCAAGGCGCGGAUCGCCAUGGCAUUCAUGAGACUGAGUGGGAGAAUGCUCAACGCGCCGGACGAACCGCCACCUGGGGAGCCAUCUUCUAUCUAAUCACCACAGACAUCUUUGGUCCCUCGACCGUGCCAUGGGCGAUCUCUCAGAUGGGUUACGGUCCAGGAUUUGCCUUGUACACUGUAUUCGGCGUCCUAGCAUUCUACUCUGGUCUCCAGCUCUGGAAGAUGUUUUGCGGACUCGACUCGACCAUGUAUCCCAUGAGAAACUACGGCGACGUCGCAUUCCGCAUCUUCGGACGAGCUUCGCGUCACUUGGUCAAUGUCUUGCAGAGUAUCCAAUUCUUUCUCAACAUUUGCCUCAUUACCGUCACGAACGGACAAGGCUUGACACAGAUGGCGCUUGGCAAGGAUGGGAAUGGCUACAUCUGCUUCGUGCUCGCGCUCUUCAUCUGUGCGCUUACGAGUCUGCUGUUCGGCCAGAUUCGAACACUUCAGAAUCUUUCUUGGCUUUCUAACAUCGCCAUCUGGCUCAACGUGGCGGUGCUCAUCGCAACCAUGGUCGUCACUCGUCAAUACCCUCCCAACUACGAGGCCUCCCUGACAACCUUCAACACGCCCAAAGGUCCUAUCGUGACCACCGCAAAUUGGCCACCCGGGUCAACACUCAGUUCAGGUAUCUCUGGCCUGAUGAACUGUGUGUUCGCGUACGGAGGAGCUACUGUCUUCAACGAGCUGAUGGCCGAGAUGCGACGGCCAUACGACUUCUGGAAGGGAUUCAUCAUGGCCGAGGUCUUCAUCUACGUCAUGUAUCUCGUCAGCGGAAUGGUCAUCUAUGCCGCUCAGGGACAAUUCACCUACAAUCCAUCCUACCAAGGCAUUCCCAACAGUGCCUACGGUAUUCAGACGUUCGGCAACGCGAUCUCCUGGAUCACUGGCACGAUUGCAGGACUUCUGUACGGGAAUAUUGGCAUCAAAGUCUUUUACUCAGCUGUUCUUAGAGAUAUCUUCGGCUUUCCACCUCUGGACCAGAAGAAGGGGAAGUGGAUAUGGGUUGGUAUUGUGCCCAUAUACUGGGGUCUUGCGUUCGUUCUCUCAGCCGCAGUCCCACAGAUCGCCAAUCUCGUCACCUUCGUCGGCGCCCUCUGUAUUCUGCAGUUCAGCUAUACGUUUCCAGCCAUUCUCUCGGUUGGCUACAACUGUCAAAAUGACGCCAUACUACCCGAGGAAACUUACGAUCCGGUUUCGGGCAAUGUCACUCGCGUUGACAGCGGUAUGAAGAGGUGGAUCAGAGGAUUCCGACAGAAGUUGCUCCUCAAUACCUUCGACUGCAUCUACUUCCUGGGCGCACUGGCCUGUGCAGGCUUGGGGUUGUACGCGAGUAUCACGAGCAUGAUCGAUGCGUUCGCAUCGACACCGAUCACGCCGUUCACAUGCCAGAGCCCUGCGUUGUAG